AUGGCAUAAAAUUUAGGUUAAAUUGAUAAAAAUUUAAUGGAUAUUUAAAUUAAUUUUUAUGAUUAAUAUCUGAUUCAUGAGUAUAGACAUUAAAUUGAAGUUCAUCAAUUUUAAUAGACGUAAUUUAAAUUACAAUUUGGGAAUAUCUAAUAGUCUAAAUCAAAUUACUUGUUAAUAUUAAUAAGAAAUUUGUUUUUAUUAAAUUGUAACUAAGUAUUUUCUGAGUAGAACUGUCAUUACAGUUGUUAGGAAUGUGAUGGCCCAACUAAUGAAGAUUGUUUAUCUUGUUCAAAAGAAUUAAAAAGGAUUUAUUUGCCUGAACACAAAGUGUGUAUUUGUCCUUAUAAUACCAUUGAUGAUUAAAUUUGUAUUGGUUAUAAAGAAGCAGGUUUAGAAUUAAUUGAUGAACCCUUCCUAAAUAAUGAGUGCCAAUAUGGUUAUUUUGAAUUAGGUAAUAAUGCUAAAAAUGGUAAUUCUUAUAUAAUAUGCAUUUAGUCCUUCAAUCAUAAGGAAAGAUUAAAUCACUUGCCUAGAAUGCUUGUAAAAUCCUAAAAAUUUUUCUUAAACCCAUAGUUUAUAGAAUAUAUAUACUUUAGUCAAAAGCAAUAGACAGGACUACGUGA